AUGCCGAUAGCGAAACCGAUCGAACUAAACAAAACUCUUCAAUCUCGACCGCCUCAACAUUACCCUAAACCACCUCUGGUCAUUGUCCUAACCGUGAUCCUCCUCGUCGUCUUCUUCAUCGGUUUCUUUGCUCUCUACUUCUGCAAAUGUUUCUUCCACUCUGUCGCACAAGCUUGGAAUAACCAUUACAACAACGGAUCGCAAGAAAAUCAAAUCGAAUCACAAACAGAAACCGUCGGUCCACCACCGGUUAACCCUGGUCUAGAGCCACACAUCAUCCAAUCCUUCCCUUCUUUUCCAUUCUCCUCAGUCAAAGAUCUCCGAGGAGAUAAACACGGACUCGAAUGCGCGAUUUGUCUUCUUGAAUUCGAAGAAGAACACAUCCUUCUACGACUCUUAACAACUUGUUACCAUGUUUAUCAUCAAGAAUGCAUCGAUCGUUGGCUCGAGUCUAACAAAACAUGCCCUGUUUGUCGCCGGAAUUUGGAUCCAAACGCACCCGAAAACAUCAAAGAGCUUGUCAUCGAAGUCAUACACGAAAACAGAGAAGGUAAUCACGACGAAACAUCGACGUCAAGCCAGGUUUUUCUGUCGAGACAGAGUAGUAAUAGUAACAAUGACACAAAGAUUGAGACUUUACCGGAUAAAUUCUCGAGAUCGAACACGACGGGUCAUUCGAUUGUGAGGAAUAAACCGGAGGAAGAAGAUCGGUAUACGUUGAGAUUACCGGAUCAUGUUAAGAUUAAGGUUACAAGAGGACAUAAUAAUAACCAAACAGAGAGUUGUAUUUCCUUUGGUGAGCUUAUGAGAAACAGAGGAGGCCGGUUUGGUGAACUCUCUGGUCAAUCACUUGUACCGAAAUCAGAAAAUUAA